AGCGAGCCCCUGUUUCACCCUCUGCCCCCGGGACGUACGAGUAGGCGAUCGCUGGACUAUCGAGGUGGAAGAGAUCGGUACGCCGAGGAACAUGUCGACGCGGCUCGGGAUGCUGGUGCACCUGCUUGUACUACUGGCCGGCACUGCUGUCGUCGUUGCCGGAGACUCGGCCGACUCGAGGGAGGACUGCAAGCGGCGUACGGCCACGUGUUCGGCGGACGCGUCAAAAAAUGGCCCCGUCUGCGGUACCGAUGGGGUAACCUACCCGAACCACUGCAGGCUCGUGGCAAAGCAGUGCAGCACCGGCAACGCCAUCCACGUGAAGCACACCGGUGCCUGUCCAGAUAGGCCAGCGUGCCUGUCGGCCCGAGCGGCAGCGCGGCCGGGCGAGAGGAUAGUGUGCAGGCCGGACGGGACGUACGCCCCGAUGCAGUGCCACAAGGAGACGGGGCAUUGUUGGUGCGUGACGGCCCAGGGCCGGCCUCUGCCCAACACGUCGGUGCGGGAUUCCCGGCCACGAUGCAACCGUAUGGUGGCCGCCGCGGCCGCGGAGAGGAAAAACGGCCUGGCCCUCAUGCAGCCCGAGAGGGCCCAGAGGCGCCGCUCGCCCACGCGCAACCAGAGGAGGCAGUACAGCAACAGGCACCGCGCCACCUGCGACCGGGCGGACAAGGCGAGGUUUAACGGGAACCUCAUCGAUAGCUUCAAGAUCGAGUACCGGAGAACCAACGCGUCCUCGGCCCUCGAAGACGUGGACAAGAACGUCGAGCGCGUGCUGUCGUGGAAGUUUGUGGGUCUGGACAGAGACGGCGAUGGUUUUCUGGACCGCGGCGAGUACAAGGAGCUCCGGAGGCUGGCCAAGAAGGCCGUGAGGCCGAAAAAGUGCGCGAGGACCUUUGCCCGUAGCUGCGAUCUCAAUCGAGACCUCAAACUCUCGAGGCAGGAGUGGGGCGCAUGUUUGGCCAACGACUUUACGCACGAUCGGCUGGCGGUCCCUCCGGCCCAUCGCAUCCGGGCUACGGACCAAGUACUAAAGGGUAGUCCAUCACCCGUGCUCGCGCGACCAACUUUCAAUGACGACCCGCCAGAGGCGACCGACGAUACGGACGCCAAUGAUUGUCUAUCGGACCGGAGAUCGGUUCAGGAAGACCAGAGGAACGACUCGCAGGAAAAAUUCUACCUGCCCGAGUGCACGCCCGACGGCAGGUACGACAAGGUGCAGUGCUACUCUGGCUACUGCUGGUGCGUCCAUCAGGACACGGGCAAACCGAUUCCCGGCACCUCCUCCCAGGAUCAGACGCCAAACUGCACUCCCGUUCCUGCGCCCGUACGCCCCAUGAAAGGCUGUCCAGAAGUCAAGAAGCAGCAGUUCUUGCGCGACCUCAUGGAGGUGAUGCAGCAGAAAAUGAAAGCGUCGAGCUCGGACUCGGAUGAGGCAACGGACAAUUGGCAGGCGUCCAAGGAGGAGCGCGUCGCGACCUGGCACUUUGUCAUGCUCGACAAGAACAAGAACAAGGUUUUGGAGCGCAAAGAGUGGAAGAGCUUCCGAGUGAUGGUGGCGAAUAACCGGCAGCUUCGCAGGUGCGGCAAAAAACUGCCGAGGUACUGCGACGUUAACAACGAUCGUAAGAUCAGUAUGACAGAGUGGCUGAGUUGUCUCAAUUCCCAGCGUCCUGUUACGGCCGAGAGUUCAACGGAAAAGAUCGCGACGUUGAAGCCCAGAAGAAUGGGACCCAACCCCCUAGACCAGUUCCUCAACGAUGAUGACUAGGAAAAAAAUAAAAUAAAUAAUAAAACAAACAGAUAAACAUUUAUAUAAUAAUGAAAGGUUUAAAGAACUCUUUGAAGAUUUCAAUCAUGUGAUAAGACGACCGAAAGUGUGGCCUGGCACUGGCUUACCAAAAGUC